AUGUCUGCCUUACCCAUGGCACCACCCCCUAAGGGACCACUCAACCGCUACCGAUUGCUGUCCCCGUCGGCAUCAUUGAGGGUCUCCCCACUCUGCUUGGGCGCGAUGAAUUUCGGCAAUGCGUGGGAGGCUUACAUGGGCGCAUGUGACCAAAAGACCACCGAGAGCAUCUUGGAUUUCUUCUAUGAACAAGGCGGGAAUUUCAUCGAUACCGCAAACAACUACCAGUUCGGAGAGUCCGAGAAGUGGGUCGGAGAAUGGAUGAAGAAGCGUGGCAACAGAGACGAGAUGGUCAUCGCGACAAAGUACACGACAAACUACAUGGCGGGUCCGCCUGGAGAAGGACGCAUUAUGGCGAAUUUCACCGGUAAUGGCACAAAGAGCAUGCACACCUCUCUCAAGGACAGCUUGAAGAAGCUGGAUACCGAUUACAUCGACCUUCUUUACGUCCACUGGUGGGACUUCUCUGUGUCUAUCCCUGAGCUGAUGCAGAGCCUCAACAACUUGGUAGUACAAGGCAAGGUCCUAUACCUAGGCGUCUCUGACACGCCAGCCUGGGUGGUUUCCAAAGCAAACCAGUAUGCACGCGACCACGGCUUGAGGCAGUUCUGCGUCUACCAAGGCCGGUGGAGUGCAGCGAGCAGAGACUUCGAGAGGGAAAUCAUCCCCAUGUGCAGAGAAGAAGGGAUGGGCCUGGCUCCGUGGGGCGCUCUCGGCGGAGGAAGCUUCAAGACCGAGGAACAGAGAAAUGCUCAGGAGGGCCGCAAGGUCAAAGCUACCGAGCAGCAGAUUAAGAUCUCGGGUGUUCUCGAGAAGAUCGCCAACCGCAAGAACACAGCCAUUACGAGUGUUGCUCUGGCGUAUGUAAUGCACAAGACCCCAUAUGUGUUCCCUAUCGUUGGCGGUCGAACGACCGACCAUCUCAAGGGCAACAUUGAGGCUCUGAAGCUGCACCUCUCGCACGAGGACAUGAAGGAGAUCGAAGGCGCUGUGCCGUUCGACCUCGGGUUUCCCAACACUUUCUUCUAUCCUGGGGAGCCUGUCAACCACCCCAAUGAGGUCUGGCUCCUGAACAUGGCAGGAAAGUUCGACUAUGUCCCUCUGCAGGAGGCCAUCACACCGGCUGAGGACUAG